GGGGAACCGCACACGUUGUUUGAAAGUUACAACUUCUCCUAAAAUAAAUUCAUAUCCUAUCCUAUUCUAUCCAUACCUUCUAAGGCUACCAUCCAUGAAUAUCCCUGACGAAGAGAUCUACAACCCGUGCCCGCGUCCGAAUCCCGCAAAAAGUCGGAUUGAACCUGAGGAAGACCUUCCGAAGUGUUCAAUGGAAAAAAUGCUUCCUGAAGAAUACCGCUUCAAUGUCCGACGUUGGAGGCUUGAGCCUGGAUACAUCAAACCCCGGGAAUUAUUCUACGGAUUUGGUGUUGAUAUACAGGAUUUUAUCGACUACCACCAGAGGCAUCAACUCCCUCGACCACCUUAGCGUCACAGAGUUGGAGGACGACGAAGAGGAAGAUGUUAUUCGGACUAUAAAGGAAAGAUUCGGAGGUCCCAUUGCCGCACAGAAG